GCAUCACGAGCAACAGAGCCAGAGAGUGCAUGAGUUCCAGCGCACGUUGAACUCUUCGUUGGAACACGAAGACAGCAACGAGGCCGACAAAUGGAAGACGAGAAGUUAUUCUAUGCGGAUGUAGUUGCAGAUGAGAUUUCGAACGUGCAAUUGUCAAUCUCCUGAAGAACUCUUAAUAUCGUACCACGAAAUUCGAGCGUUCUUUGAAGAAAUUGUAUAUGGAUUGCAAAUCGUGACGAAGAGAACUGUGUAUUGCAAAAAGAUUAAUAUUAUUGAUUGUGUCAAAUGUUUAAAUAUUUAUACAAGCUUUCUGACAAGAAUGGAGCAAAGUGGAAGACAUAAAACAAAGUAUAUUUCACCACAUACAUCUACGUGGUCUGCUAAUCAAACUACUAACGCUAAAGUUCCGUCUGAUGCAUAUUGGAAAUAUACACAAAGAAGCCAUCAAGAUACCAUUGAUAAGAAUACCAGACGCCAUCAAAGUCCAAUGCCAGAAUCAACGGUGAGCUAUUAUUCUUCCGCAAAUUCUUACAAGACUUUAAAACAUAACGCUUAUCCAUCGACGCAUCCAAAACAUUCCUCUGCGUUUCAUACGGAAGUACCACAGCGAUACCAACAGAUUACUACAAAAUCUGCUAGAAAUAAAGAUCGUACUAACAACGUAGCAGUCAUAAAUAAAGAUCGAUACAAGACUCAGCAAGAAGAUGAGAAUACAGAAUAUAUUGAUGAUGAAUUAGGAAAUUUUACGGAAGAUAAUUUAGGGGAAGAUGCUGAAGAGGAAGCGGAGAACGAUCGGUCCCUUCGAGGUGACAAAAGAGUCGGCGAGAUCAUCAAUAAGGAAUAUGACGAGCAUGAAGCAGACGAUGAGAUAGAUGAGGAAUCUGAUGCACCUGCCGAAACACAAGCAAUACAGCGCAAUUUAGCUCAGAGAGAUGCGUUGCGAGCACAACGAAUGCGAAUGAUUAACCAACAACAAGAUCCGCACAUAAUUCGUUACUCUCAACAAGCGCCAAAACUGUAUCAAGCUUAUCAUUUACCAACAAGAUAUUAUCACAACACACCCGAUCACGAUAUCCAUGAAACGCUGUCGGAAGAAGAUCUGUACACGGCUCAAGCGUUAAAAAAUCCUCCUCGAAGAUCAUCAAUGGGCUAUCAUCAAAAUUGGAUUCCGCAGAGGAGUUCAACAGAUCGAUACGACACAAUGACCUCGCUAACUCAGCCGAGUCGCCGAGCACGGACGAGGCCAGAGAUGAAGUCUUUUACGGAAGCAGAAUUUGCUGAUAGGAGAAAGUGUAGCCGUUGCGGUAAUAUCUCAACCAGGAAGCCAUCAACGUCGAGAAGGAACAAUUGUAGGUUCCAGGAUAGUCCUAAUUUCUCGACCAAGGCGCGUUUCGGCGACGACGUGGAGAUACUCGACCAAUCUUGGUGCGGCCAUUGUAAGCCGAAACAUCAUUUUGAAGGAAAUAUGGGGUCUUGUGAAAUUCCAUCAUCGGCUUUGUAUUCGAUGAAAUCACGACGUUCCAGAGACACUAGUAUACCAAUGCAUGAAACGUUAAAGGAAAAACAUCCAGUGGAUGAGAUAUCACACGAGUUUGCACGGAUGUCAUCCAGAUAUACCAAAGAUACGCCGAACACUUUACGCGAUAGAGCCAGACAUUCCGCGCAGACAGCGCAAGGCGCAACUAGAAUAUCUGUUCGUUAUGAUCCUUAAAUAUUUUUUUUUAAUUUUAUUACUUUUAUAAGCCAAUGUAAAAAAUUAAGACAAUUAAUGUUUUACGGAUAGUAGAUACGUGAGAUUUCUUCCUAAAAUUACUGUCUUCUAAAAUUUUGACAUCUUUGAAAAGUAAUAAAUUUUGUUUUAUGCCUAUUAAAAUAACACUUUUCAAAAUAAAACUUUUGGAAUAAUUGCAAUAAAUAACUCUGCAUGUUGCAAUAUGGCAUUGUCUAACUGUUAACUAUUAAUAAUAAUUAACUUCUUACUUUUAACUUAUUAUGUUUUCUGAGUAAAAAAUGUUUUUUUGAAACACAAAAAUUCUUAAAAUGUACAUUGUUACUUUCAACCAAUCUUCACUGAAUCAUAGCGUUACAUGUUUUAAAUGACGAGAAGAACCUGAUGAAAUUAUCGAGAAUUGAGAGAGAGAUAUAUAUAUAUAUAAUAAAACAAUGAAAAAUAACAUUGCACUUUAUAACACAAUCACAGAUACUACAACAAUACUUCUACCCACAGUCAGUUCCCUUCCACCGUUUGUCCAACAUAUAUUUUUGUAACUGUCUUUCGAAUCGUGUAGAUGUAUUCUGUGUAGUGUAAUAAAAAAGGUUAUGCCACGCAAAGGCAUGAAAAAUUAGUUUCACAAUGUACAUACAAACUGAAUAAAGCCAAUAGAGCUGAUGGAAGCGAUUUAACAUUCUUUUUCUCAUUGUAAUUUUAAAAAGGUAAACAUUACUUUACGUCUUUUGGCACUGGUGCACAAAAUCUACUGUAAAUACGUGAUACUAUUAUAUAAUUAAUUAUAACGAUAGACGUACGCGUAUACAUAUGUUAAACGGAGAAUAAACCUCAAUCUGUACAUUAAA